GUACCUUGAUUUACAACUUCAAGGCCUUCAAGGAUACACUUUCACAUGUGGUCUACCACGAGGACGUUAACUUCGAGUUUUUCGCUAUUUUCAAUAUAAAAUAGUCACGAUAUAUUCCACGACUCGAGAAAAUGUCCGUGCCCGAAAAAAUAUUGAUGCGAAAAAUUAAAAAACGGGAAAAGACGAAAUUAAACGUGCUGAAACGCCGAGAAGAACAGAAAGAUACAGAUGAAUCAGUGAAAGCAACUGAAACAGACCAGGACUGCAUAGAAGAUGUUCCUCUAGAAAGUUUAAAAGCAUCUGAAGAAAAUGAAAAGUCUGAUGUAAUAGAAAAAUCUUUGGUUACUGAAAAUUUACCUGGCACAGCUGUAGGUUUUGAAGUGACAAAUGAUACAAGCUUCUCAGUAUUAAAUGAAAAAGUAUGUGAGAAUACAUUAAAAGCAAUAAAGGAUAUGGGUUUUACAAAUAUGACAGAGAUACAAGCAAAAGCUAUUCCUCCUCUUUUGGAAGGAAGAGAUUUGGUUGGUGCUGCCAAAACUGGAUCUGGCAAAACUUUAGCGUUUUUGAUUCCUGCUGUUGAACUGAUUUACAAAUUGAAGUUUAUGCCUCGUAACGGUACUGGAUGUAUUAUUAUGUCUCCCACAAGAGAAUUAGCUAUGCAAACUUUUGGAGUCUUGAAAGAAUUGAUGAAAUAUCAUUAUCACACAUAUGGUCUACUAAUGGGCGGUGCUAGUAGGCAAACCGAAGCACAAAAACUUGAAAAGGGAAUCAAUAUUAUUGUAGCAACACCGGGACGAUUGUUAGAUCAUUUGCAAAAUACACCUGAUUUUUUAUACAAAAAUCUCCAGUGUUUGAUUAUCGAUGAGGCCGAUCGUAUUUUAGACAUCGGUUACGAAGAAGAGUUGAAACAAAUCAUUAAUAUUCUUCCCAAGCGCCGACAAACUAUGCUUUUUAGUGCAACACAAACACAAAAAGUAACAAUGAUAACAACGUUAGCUCUCAAAAAAGAACCUAUAUACGUGGGGGUCGACGACGACAAGGAAAUGGCGACUGUGGAAGGUUUACAACAAGGAUACGUAACAUGUCCGAGCGAGAAAAGAUUUUUACUUCUUUUCACUUUCUUAAAGAAGAACAAACAAAAGAAAAUAAUGGUUUUCUUUAGUUCCUGCAUGUCCGUUAAAUAUCAUCAUGAACUCUUGAAUUAUAUCGAUUUACCAGUAAUGAGUAUUCAUGGUAAACAAAAACAAACGAAAAGAACCACAACCUUUUAUCAAUUUUGCAACGCUUCCACUGGGAUUUUACUUUGCACUGAUGUAGCCGCAAGAGGUCUAGAUAUACCGGACGUUGAUUGGAUCGUGCAAUUUGAUCCACCAGACGAUCCUAAGGAAUAUAUCCAUCGCGUAGGUCGAACUGCUCGCGGAGAAGGCAGCAGUGGUCAUGCUUUGCUGAUAUUGCGACCAGAAGAACUUGGCUUUCUUCGAUAUCUUAAGAUAGCCCGUGUACCCGUUAACGAAUAUGAAUUCUCUUGGAAUAAAAUUGCCGAUAUACAAUUGCAACUUGAGAAGUUAAUUUCGAAGAAUUAUUUCUUACAUCAGUCAGCAAAAGAGGCAUUUAAGAAUUAUGUUAGAGCAUAUGAUUCUCAUCAUUUGAAACAUGUUUUCGAUAUAGAGACCUUGGAUUUAGCAAAAGUCGCCAAAUCGUUCGGAUUUGUUGUACCACCAGCGAUAGAUUUGAAAGUAGGAAUCAGUAAGGCUUCACGACCACGAAAAAGACUCGGUGGAGGUGGUUAUGGACAGUUCAAAAAUAUAAACGAUCCAAGUUCGGUAAAGCAGGUGAAUCGCACCAAGACCUUUCGCCAAGUUGGCAAACGUAGGCAAGAUAACCGACAAUUCAGCAGAUAAUGGUCAUUCAUGUACUCUUUA